AUGCCGACUAUGUGGCUUUCAGACACCCAGAAGAUUGGGGUCGCCUUCUGUUCAGGGGGCGGACUCUUUCUGAUGGGAGGUGUCAUGAUGUUUUUUGAUCGCGCAAUGCUGGCAAUGGGAAACAUACUCUUUCUGAUUGGUCUCACACUCAUCAUCGGAACAACGAAAACCGUCGCCUUCUUCGCGCGCAAGCAGAAAUGGAAAGGCACAGUGGCAUUUGUCGCUGGUAUAUCGCUUAUCCUGAUGCGCUGGGCUUUCAUCGGUUUUAUAAUCGAACUGUACGGCAUACUUGUGCUGUUUGGGGACUUUCUCAUGACCAUUGCGGGCUUCGUCAGCAAUGUACCGGUGAUUGGGCCAUAUAUUGCCAAGGCACUGGAAGCGAUAAGCGGUGCGAGGCGAAAUGCUGAUCUGCCUGUAUGA